AUGAUCCUUGCGGUGCUGUUUGCCAACGCUGAGGGCAAUAUCCUCAUCGAACGUUUUCAUGGUGUUCCUGCAGAGGAGCGCCUACACUGGCGUUCUUUCUUAGUCAAACUAGGAGCUGAUAAUCUUAAGGGUGUCAAAAACGAAGAGCUGCUAGUUGCUUGCCACAAGUCAGUUUAUAUAGUAUACACGGUGCUUGGGGAUGUCAGCAUCUAUGUCGUGGGCAAGGACGAGUAUGACGAACUUGCCUUGUCAGAAGUGAUAUUUGUGAUAACCUCAGCUGUGAAGGAUGUAUGUGGGAAGCCCCCAAGUGAGCGCCUCUUCCUUGACAAGUAUGGAAGAAUUUGUCUGUGUUUGGAUGAAAUUGUAUGGAAGGGAUAUUUGGAAAAUACAGAAAAGGAUAGAAUCAAAAGGCUAAUAAGGUUAAAGCCUCCGACAGAGUUGGUGGUAGGACACUCGAAAGCUGGAGUGGCAAGGGCUUUUUGGACUAUUCCACGGUGGCACACGCUAUAUCUUCUCGUCCCUGCUGCACUCGCUGUUACUCUUUCUAAAACCCAGAACCAGAUCUAG